ACCUCAAUCCGAUUAUCAUGCCGUCCCCUCUGAGCGAAGCAAUAGGGUGCACUUGCACCUGCCUCUGUCUGUCGCUAAUCUGGUUGCUGCUCAGCCUGAUCAAUGCGUUCCUGGAGUUUCUGCAGAUGGCUGUGCCGCUGCAUUUGGUGCGGCAACGUGAAAUGGAGGAUGCAGAGCAGCACUUAGCCGGCGAGUGUACACUGGCAGCUAUAAGUAUACGCAUGAUUGCUUUUUGAUCAGACUCAUUUUGUAAUUAAGCCAAAGACUGGAACAAUAGGGAACGGAUAAUACAGAAAAAUCAUCAUAAUGAUUAUUGAUUGAAGAGUAGAAUAUAAAAUGCGAGAUUAGUGUGAUUUAAA